UCUCCAUCUCUAACCUAAGAAAUCCCAGCCAUGGAAAUGGAGAAAUCAGUAAUCCAAAAUGUUAUUUCAACCACACUAGCAAACCCUUCUAUUGAUUCUUAUUCUGAUUCUGAAUUCCCUCGACUCAUUAUUCAAUUUGUAGAUCUCAAACCUGCUGGAACUAGAUUUACAUUCAAAGCUAGUGAUGGAAAAAUGAAACUCAGGGCGAUGCUUCCACCCAUUAGAGGCAGGGAACUCAUUGGUGCUGAUGAUUUAUUGAAAAGAGUUCGUCUCGGCAUUGGAGAAGGCAUCUUACAAGAUCAAAUGGGUCUUGGCAAGACUAUUCAAACAAUUGGAUUUCUUUCUCAUCUGCAAGGAAAAAGAAUUCAUGGAACUUAUUUAGUACUAGCUCCUCUUUCUACCUUAUUGAACUGGCUAAUGAGAUAUCUAGGUUUACUCCUUCAAUAAAUGUUGUAUAUCAUGAAGAUACAUAAGCUAGGGAUGAGAUAAGGAAAAAGCAAAUUCCUAAAAAGAUUGUGCCUGAAUUUCCCAUUGUAAUCACUUCAUACGAGAUUGCAAGGAGUGCUUCCAGAAGAUGUUUGAGUAAAUAUAGUUGGAAAUAUGGUAGAUGAGCAUACUGUGAUUCUCGUUCAAAGCCUUGUCAGCUUUGGUCUCAAUCUGUUCAGCCGAGCUUUUAAAUUCCAGGAGGAUGCAUUUGCGAAGAAGCUUGGCUAUACGAUAGCGCUUUGAGGGGGUCUUAUUAAGAUGUAGGAUGAAAAUCUAUCGGCAAUGAACACAAAUCCAUGGUAUUCUGCUUACCAUUACUCUCAUCCCCCACUUGUUGAGACUUCAUGUAGGGUCACUGGCUGAAAAACCCAAAGUGCAAACUCCUGAAAGAGUUGAAAUACGUACCCCUGGAAAAUAAGCUUCUUCUUACUGGAACCCCACUACAUAACAACUUGGCUGAGAUAUGGUCUCUUCUAAACUUUAUUUUCAUGAUAUUUUCAAUUCCCAUGAAGAACUCAAGUCAUGGUAAGCAUCAAAUUUAUAUCGUUAUGUUAUCUUGAUUCCUAGGCUAUUUGAAAUGAUCUCUGAUUCGAGAAGGCAUCAGGCAGAUCAGCAAUACAUGUGUAUCAAUAUGCAUGAUUUGUCACCCUUCUCACUUACCAUAUCCCUAACCCUAGUGAUAAGUGUUGCAUUCCUUGAGCUCACUCCUUGAUUGCUUUUCAUGUAACUAGUGAUAAGUACUGCAUUCCCUGAGCUCACUCAUUGAAUGUAGUUGACGGAAAAAGUGAUACUUACAGAUGAUGUUUGUUGUUUGUUUACGCAUGCCUAGGAAUUUUCUAACUUUAUUGCUUUUCACCGAUUUAUGAAAUUGCU